UGUUGGAAGUUUUAGAAUGGCUAUUAUCAGUUUAAUAAUUAUCCUGACUGCGUGUUUUUUUAGACUCGUUCUUUUUUCUGAUGGAUCACCAACACUUUUGUUUGUUACACAAAAGGACAUUAGAAUGGCUAACGCUUCUCGUACUAACAAAGUAACAACUAUUGUAAAAGACCUUUCUGAAGGUGCAGCCAUAGAUUUUUAUUUUGAGCAUGAGUUAGUAUGUUGGUCAGACAGUGGUUUAGAAAUAAUUCAAUGUGUUCAAACAAAUGGUACACACAUGGGUGAAAGAACAAUUGUAGUAAAUUCUAGUUUAAUUUCACCAGAUGGUUUAGCUUGCGAUUGGUAUACAGGAAAAUUGUAUUGGACAGAUGGAGAAAAAAAUAGAAUAGAAGUAACUAGUAUUGAUGGACAUUAUAGAAAAGUUCUUUUCUGGACAGACAUUUAUCAACCAAGAGCAAUUGCUCUUGUACCAAUGAAAAGCAUACUUUUUUGGACUGAUUGGGGCGAUGUACCUAAAAUAGAAAGAGCUGCAAUGAAUGGAGAUCCAUCAACAAGAGAAGUGAUUGUUUCCGAUGAUAUAUUUUGGCCAAAUGGUUUAACCAUAGAUUAUGGAAAUGAGUUAGUUUACUGGGUAGAUGGAAGAUUGAAAUUUAUCUCAGUAAUGGAUUACUAUGGAAAAAACAGACGAAAAGUAGUAGAACAAGGAUUGGAUUAUCCUUUUGCAGUGACAUUUUUUGAUCACAAAUUAUAUUGGACUGAUUGGAAAACAUGGUGUAUACAUUCAUAUGAUGUGCGACAAAAUCAAACACAUCCUAGAGAAUUGUUACAUGGAGAAUAUAUUCCUGGUGAUAUAGAAGUUUGGGACAGUAGGAGACAACCGCGUGGAAGUCAUCCUUGUGAAAAGAACAAUGGAAAUUGUUCACACUUGUGUCUUCUAAGUAUGACAGAACCUGGAUAUACUUGUGCAUGUCCUACAGGUGUUAAAUUGGUGGACAAUUUGACGUGUGCUGAUGGACCAGAAGAAUUACUAUUAAUAGUUCAACGGAAUGAAAUUUGUCGAAUAUCUUUGGAUUCUCCUGACUAUACCAAUUUUGUAUUACCAUUAACAGGAAUUAAGCAUGCAAUAGCAAUAGAUUUUGAUCCUGUGCAAGAAAUGCUUUACUGGACUGAUGAAGAAGCUCAUGCAAUACGUAGAGCUUCACUGGAUGGUACUAACCAAGAAAAUAUUAUAAUUACUGAAGUGGGAAAUCCAGAUGGAAUAGCUGUGGAUUGGUUAGCUAGAAAUCUUUAUUGGACUGAUACAGGGACAGAUCGAAUUGAAGUAGCUCGAUUAAAUGGUACAAGUAGAAAAGUGCUGAUAAAUGAAGAAUUAAUCGAACCUAGAGCAAUUGCUUUAGCUCCAGAACAUGGGUGGAUGUUUUGGACAGAUUGGAAUGAAAAACGUCCAAAAAUAGAACGGAGUAAUCUUGAUGGAACAGAACGUACUCUUUUAGUAACUAAAGAUAUUGUUUGGCCAAAUGGAAUUGCUUUAGAUCUUGCACGAUGGAAAAUUUAUUGGUGCGAUGCAAAGACAGACAAAAUUGAAGUGUGUAAUAUGGAUGGCACAGACAGGAGAGAAGUAAUUACGGACAAUCUUCCGCAUCUUUUCGGAUUAACUUUGUUGGGAGAUUAUUUAUACUGGACAGAUUGGCAAAGACGAAGCGUGGAUAGGGCACACAAACUUACAGGUGGUGAAAGAGAAAUAAUCGUUGAUCAAGUUCCAAAUGUUAUGGGUUUAAAAGCAGUUCAUUUAGGAAAAGUUAAUGGUACAAAUCCUUGUGUAAAAAAUAACGGUGGUUGUAGUCAUUUAUGUUUAAAUCGACCAGAACACAAGUAUGUAUGUGCUUGUCAAAUUGGAUACGAGUUAACAAAAGAUAAAAAAACUUGUGUUGUUCCUGAUGCAUUUAUGUUAUUUGCAAGAAAAGGUAAUAUUGGAAGAAUUAGUAUUGAAAAUGCAAAUAAUGACAACAUUAUUCCAUUGACUGGUGUCAAAGAUGCAAGCGCCUUGGAUUUUAACAUAGCAGACAACCGUAUUUAUUGGACAGAUGUUAAAUUAAAAACAAUUACAAGGGCUUUUAUAAAUGGUUCUGAUAUGGAACGAGUUGUUGAUCUUGGAUUAGAUACGCCUGAAGGUUUAGCAAUAGAUUGGAUUGCUCAUAAUUUAUAUUGGAGUGAUACUGGUACUAGAAGAAUAGAAAUGGUUCGAUUGGAAGGUUGUAGCAGAAAAGUUCUUAUUUGGAGUGAUAUUAUUGAACCUAGAUGCCUAGCUCUUGAUCCAAGCAGAGGUUAUAUGUAUUGGACCGAAUGGGGAAAUUCUGGAAGUAUAGAAAGAUCGUUCUUAGAUGGUACAAAUCGAGAAAUAAUACUUUCUAAUAUUGGAAAAGCAAAUGGCCUAACGAUUGACCAUUCAACACGAAAAUUGUAUUGGGUAGAUUUAUCUACUCCAGCUAUUGAUAGUUUUGAUUUACACACAAGAAAACGAAAUGCAGUUAUAACACAGAAUAUUAUGUAUCCAUUCACUAUUACUCAAUAUCAAGAUUAUAUUUAUUGGACAGAUUGGAAUACAGGUGACAUAGAGAAGGCUAAUAAAACUACUGGAAUGAAUAGAGUAAAAAUACAUAAUAAAUUAGAAUCUGUGACAGAUUUGUUAGUGUAUCACUCUUCUAGACAAGCAGGUUGGAAUCCUUGUGCAGCAAAAAAUGGAAAUUGCAGUCAUCUUUGUAUCGCUUUACCCGGAGAAAAUGAAAGUAUAUCUAAUUCUUUCAAAUGCGAUUGUCCUACUCAUUAUAAUUUGGGAGAAGACAAUGAAACUUGUAUUGGACCAAAGAAUUUCAUGAUGUAUAGUUUGCGUAAUGCAAUUUUUCGUUUCCUUCCUGACACUAAUGACUGUCCAGACGUAGUUCUUCGAAUUCAAGGUUUAAAAAAUGCACGGUCUAUAGAAUUUGAUCCUAUAACUCAGCACAUUUAUUGGAUAGAUGGUCGAACUUUAUCUAUCAGAAAGACAUUGGAAAAUAAAACACAUUCUACAAUAGUGGUUUCUGGAAAUUCUGGACAUCCCGUGGAUCUCGCUUUAGAUUCUUUAGGAAGACUAUUAUUCUGGUCUUGUGCUGUCAAUGAUGCAAUUAAUGUAACGAAACUUGAUAACGGUUCUGCUUUGGGUGUCGUAGUUAAAGGUGAUGGAGAAAAACCAAGAAAUAUUGCAAUACAUUCAGAAAAGAGGCUACUUUUUUGGACCGAUGUUGGAAGAAAAAUGAGAAUAAUGCGUAGUAAAAUGGAUGGGAAAGAACGAAUCGUAGUAGCAACUGAUCUUGAACCACCCACGAGCAUUGCAGUUGAUGCAACUUCAAAUAUUGUAUACUGGGCACAUGGAAAUCAAAUUGAGUGUGCUGAUUUUGAUGGAAAUAACAGAAGAAUUUUGGUUUCCCCUAUUGGAAAAGGAUCCACAAUUUAUUUAGCUGUAUUUUUUGAUUUUGUUUAUUGGUUUGAUAGAGAAACAUCGAAUUUGGAACGUGUUAAUAAAUUUGGAAGUGGAAGAAAAAUAAUUAUGAAUAAAGUACUUACAGACUUAAUUACAGUAAAUACUCCGGAGGAAGAUAUAAUGAAAACACAUAUUUGUAGCCCUUUUCGUGAUCAUGGGGGAUGUUCUCAUUUUUGUAUCGGAACCACCUCUUCUAGGUGUUCUUGUCCAAAGUCGUUGGUUUUAUCUGAAGAUGAAAAAACUUGUAGAGCUGCACCUGCCUGCGGAAUAGAUCAUUUCACCUGUGCUGCACCUAGUUCUACCGUAGCAAAAGAUUGUAUUCCUGCAAUAUGGAAAUGUGAUGGUCAAGCAGAUUGUCCUGAUGGAAGUGAUGAAUUAGGUUGUCCAACUUGUAGUCGUGAUCAAUUCAAAUGUCAAAGCGGUCAUUGCAUUGAUAUGUCUUGGGUAUGUGAUGGAAUAGAUCAGUGCCAUGAUGGUCUGGAUGAAGCUCACUGUUGUCGUCCCGGUCAAUUUCAGUGCAUUGGAAACGGUGUUUGUAUCUCUGGUUCUGCUCUUUGUAAUAACUGGGAAGACUGUGCCGAUGGUAGUGACGAACUUGCAUCUGUGUGUGCACCUGCAAAUAAUCCACGACAAGAAAAUAAUUCAUUAGAGCCUGGAAAGAUUACUUACGUUAUUAUUGUACCUGUUGGAUUAAUUGCAACAAUUGCUGCAAUUGUUUUCGGAUUUUAUUACUGUAGAAGGAAAUUUAUAAAUAACGAGGAAUUACCUGAUAUUUUGCACGAUUCAGCGGGAGAUCCUUUAUCACCAAAACCGACUAGAUUAGUAAAACCAAUGUUUACCCAAAAGAACUGUAGAAAAGAUUUCAAAAUGGGAAUGGAGACUGUAAGAUUGUCGAUGUUAAAUGGAAGUAGUAUUGGAUCCAGUUAUGAUCGGAGUCAUAUUACUGGAGCAUCAAGUUCAACUCGAGGGAGUUCUGCAGGGGGUUACCCCCAAGAAACAUUAAAUCCCCCUCCAAGUCCAGCAACGACAGCUAAUUCUACUAGGUGCUCAAGUAGUAAUGCAUCUAGGUAUAAACCUUAUAGACAUUAUAGAAGCAUAAAUCAGCCUCCACCUCCAACGCCUUGUAGUACAGAUGUUUGCGACGAGUCCGACACUAAUUACCCAGCAAGGUAUCGGUAUGAAAGCGAACCUUAUCCCCCACCUCCCACUCCAAGAUCUGUUUAUCAAAGCGAUGCAGGGAUCAGUUGCCCUCCAUCUCCUAGUUCCAGAUCUUCUACUUAUUUUAGUCCUCUUCCACCACCCCCUUCUCCUGUUCCUUGAACUCAUUAAAACCUUUUAGUAUUUUAUUUUCCAAA